UCCCAUCCCCGCACUACAACCUUCACUGCUCGUCCAACCAACCAACUGCUGCAGUUACUAUAAGAAUUUGCUUUACCGGGCUAUAUUUAUUUAGGUCUCAUACUUAUGUGAACUGUGCUGCCCAUCUGGUGCCAUACUAAUGACCCCACAUAUUCCAGCAUAACUGAGAAGAAAUCCCCGGGCUUUCGCCGCUAUGAACAGACCCCGGAGGCCCCUAUUGUCUAGGUCGCGAGCGGCGCAUGCGUGCGACGUUUGCAGGCGAAGAAAGAUCCGAUGUGAUGGAGGGCAACCAUGUGCGACAUGCUUAUCCUCAAACCAAGAAUGUAACUAUGGUGCUGAGGCGGGUCCGAAGGGGAAGAGUGACCUGAUCCUUGAUGGAGUUUUGCGCAUGGAGCGACAUCUUGAGGAGAUGAGUGCUAUUAUUACAUCAAACGUGGGCAUGCUCGGCCACCGCGUCUUAACAGAUCCAGCCAUCUCGCCAGAAGUAACGCACUCUCAUGACAUAGCGGAACGUUCCUCGCAUCAUCAAUCUCAGUCAACAACUGCAAAUGAUACACAAGGUGUGCACAACGCUGUACUUUCCGGUCUUCACACCUCCACUACUGAAUCGGUCCUUGACUGGCCGCACUUCGAUAUCUUCCCCUCAAUACGACAGAAUUAUAUUCCCAUCUUUCAACUUGAGAAGUCCCGAUCGUCAUUGAGAACUAUGACAUCUACAUCAGUACCAUAUCUCCGUGCUGAUGAAGUACAACAGGUAGUCGAAGCAUUUCAAUCAUCAAUUAAUUUCUUCUACCCAACGAUGUUAAAAGACAAACUCCUUGCUGUCCAACAUCUAGUCCUUUCAGGGAACCUAGAUGACAGUGUUUCCUCUUGCAUCUCUCUACUUGUCAUGGCUCUCGGAUGUGCAAGUCAAGUUGUUAGUUUGCUCUUUAACGCCGAGGCCUUGACUCCAGAGUCCUUGGAAUACCAACUUUCUCAAAGAAGAUUGGCCGAGAUAUAUUUUGAUGGUGUAUUGAAGAGACUGUAUACCACACAAUUGGAGAUAUCUACAGAAUCGACACAAUGUUUAUUUUUUGUUGCUUUAUACUUUGCAUAUCUCCAAAGGCCGUUACAGGCGUGGUCAUACAUAAAUACAACGGCCGCGAGGUGCCGUCUGUUAUUAUCUUACGGUUCUUCUAAUUCACCCGAUGAGAAUGAGUGUCUCAGGAGAAUUUUCUGGUCUUGCUACAUUCUCGAAAGCGAUUACCUUGCAGAGUUUGCUGCUCUACCUGAAAGCGGCAUCGCGUCUAUUGAAUCCACAAUCCCGCUCCCAGGCCAAUACAACACCCACACCAUAACCAACAGGUUCACGCCUGCUACCCCUUUAUCCCCACCAUCUCUUCUGCCUCUGACUAUUCCAAGGUCAGAAGACGAAGAACUCUCCUCUCUCUAUUUUUUAGCAUGUAUCUCAAUGCGUCGGCUUCUCAACCGAGUCCAUGACAUGCUAUAUGCAGCCACGACUGGGGUCUCCCCAUCUCCGUCGCGCUUCCCCACCGUGGUCUCGGAACUAUCACAUCAGCUCGACGAAUGGCGCGAUUUACUUCCUGAGCCAUUUAAGUUCUCUCUAGAUACCGAACCGACCCAGACCCAACACGGCGGCUUCUUGAGACAGCGGUAUUUGACCUGCCGGAGCGUCAUAUAUAGGCCUUACCUGACAUGGGUACUCGAAAACUGGAAUAGCGGCGCAAGUUGGGAAAACGGCGGAGUGAGCCAAGAGAUUCUCAGCAAAUGUGAGAUAUGUCUCCAGGCUUGCAUCCUACAUAUCCAGAAUCUGCGGGGUUAUGUGCACACCAUUAUGAUCGAUAUGUGGAUAUGUAGCAUGAGCAUGACUGGUGGGAUGUUGAUCUUGACUGCAUCAUGUCGGAUUCCAGGUCUACGAGACCAAGUAAGUGAAGAGCUAUUGACUCUCGGGAGUCAUUUAAGAGGUUUGUUCCAGCAAUGGAGCAGGGUGCCUGGGGAGAAUGAUGCGUCAAGAAGCCCAAGCGUUGCGCAAAGCUUGAGGAUGAUCGGGGAGAUCGAGGAUUUUAUUAGGCAGGAGUAUCAGGCUCGAUCGGAUUCUCGGGAGAUGACCAGGAAUUAUUAAAAUGCGCCCAUCACUUAUCAAUUAAACCGUAUUUCAACACUAUCUCUGUGCGCGGCAGCGGAGGGAUAUAAGAGACAAAAUAAUUAUUAUACAAAUUUCACCUUAGAAGCUACAAAUAUUGUGAGGCACGAUAACAAUCAUAAUCCAAGGAUAUUACGGAUACUAGUUAGAGACUUCAAAGUAAAUACAGGC